ACCGCGCCAGUUUGAAUGAAAGCUCCUCAAGAUGGCGGCGGCCGGGGCCGAGGCGCGAGGAGGAUAUGGAAUAUUAUCUUGUAAAAUGGAAAGGAUGGCCAGAUUCUACAAAUACUUGGGAACCUUUGCAAAAUCUCAAGUGCCCAUUACUGCUUCAGCAGUUCUCUAAUGACAAGCAUAAUUAUUUAUCUCAGGUAAAGAAAGGCAAAGCAAUAACUCUAAAAGAAAAUCACAGAGCUUUGAAACCUGCCAUUGCUGAAUACAUUGUAAAGAAGGCUAAACAAAGGAUAGCUCUGCAGAGAUGGCAGGACGAACUCAACAGAAGGAAGAAUCACAAAGGAAUGAUUUUUGUUGAAAAUACUGUGGACUUAGAGGGCCCCCCUUCAGACUUCUACUACAUUAAUGAAUACAAACCAGCUCCUGGAAUCAGCUUAGUAAAUGAAGCCACCUUUGGUUGUUCAUGCACAGAUUGCUUCUUUGAGAAAUGUUGUCCUGCUGAAGCUGGAGUUCUUUUGGCUUAUAAUAAAAAUCAACAAAUUAAAAUCCCACCUGGCACCCCCAUUUACGAAUGCAACUCAAGGUGUCAGUGUGGACCCGAUUGUCCCAACAGGAUUGUCCAAAAAGGCACGCAGUAUUCACUUUGCAUCUUUCGGACCAGCAAUGGCUGCGGCUGGGGCGUAAAGACCCUUGUGAAGAUUAGGAGAAGGAGCUUUGUCAUGGAGUAUGUCGGAGAGGUAAUCACAAGUGAAGAAGCUGAAAGACGGGGGCAGUUAUAUGACAACAAAGGAAUCACAUAUCUCUUUGAUCUGGAUUAUGAAUCUGAUGAAUUCACAGUGGAUGCAGCUCGAUAUGGAAAUGUGUCUCAUUUUGUGAAUCACAGUUGUGACCCGAAUCUUCAGGUGUUCAACGUUUUCAUUGAUAACCUCGACACCCGUCUUCCCCGAAUAGCAUUAUUUUCCACGAGAACUAUAAAUGCUGGAGAAGAGCUCACUUUUGAUUAUCAAAUGAAAGGUUCUGGAGAUAUAUCUUCAGAUUCUAUUGACCACAGCCCAGCCAAAAAGAGGGCCAGAACUGUGUGCAGAUGUGGAGCUGUGACUUGCAGAGGUUACCUCAACUGAAUUUUCAGGAAAUAGAACUGAUGAUGAUUAUAGUUUUUUUCCUAAUGUUACCAUUUUUUAAAAAUAAGUAUUUGGGACUCUUUUCGUAUUAUCAAGAUUAUACACUAUGUUAAUUUACAAUUCGUGUUUCCAACUAUCGGCCAAAUGCAUUACUGAUGCUUCUGAAGAGAGUGACACAGGGUCACAUAGACUAAUUUGAAAUAUACAUAUUCAGACUAUUUACAGAUCUGUGUAGAAGUCUGUGUGAAUAGAGAAAUGCCUCCUUCGGUGUUUAAGUGUUAAACUAAUGAUGUAACAGUCACUAAGAUCAAACAU